AUGGAGAAUAUCCCCGAUGUUCCAUCACCCAACGGCUUCUUCGAUGAAAGGAAGGCGCAAAGUGCCCCCGACGCCAUCAACAAGCCCAACAGCGGCAACCAACGUCCUCCCACGUCCCCGGCGUCUCCAUUAUCAAGCCCAGUCCAAACCAGGGCGACCAUCGACGUACUGCGAACGCCGCCCAAAACAAACCCGCGACCGAGCAUAGAAUUUGACCGACGGUACGAUGGACCCUUUGGCCGACCCAGUGUCGCCAUGGCGCGGCGGCCGUCUUUGCCGCCUCUCCGCGGACUCGUUAAUGAUGCCGAGACAGACGCCAUCCAACUUGCAUACGUGGGACGCGAGGUCGGUCCUUUCCAGCCGUUGCCGCCUUCGUUGAAUUACACCCUGCGCACCCGCAAAAUGGCCAUCUUCCUCUUCUGGACCAUCAUCGUCUUUGAUAGUGUCGCCAUGCCCGUUGCUUUGUACUUUGGGUUGUGGUAUGGCGUCGGGCCCGGGAAUCCGAAUAAUGAAAAGUUAUCGGCCAACACCGUUUUUAGUAUUGUUACGGCCGCUAUUGGGGGUGCCAGCAUUGUGGAGUACUUUGUGCGCUUUUGGAGGUUGUACAGGAAGGAGAGUACGUGUGUGGUAUUGGGUGCACACCGAUGGUAUUUGGACUCGUUUCAUUGGAACUUCUCCUUUGCGUGGAUUGUCGUCAUGAUUGAGCUAAUUAUCGGCUCCGUCCCCGACGACCCCCUGAUCCGCCUCUUGUCCAUGCCACUGACUACUAUGCUCUUUGUCUUCGGUACACUUCUGCUCAUCAUCGAUACAUUCCGCUACUUCCGCGUUCCUGCCCCCGUCCGCAUUUCCAGCGUGCCUAGAGGUGCUCAGCUGCGCCCCGGUAUUUAUAGUUUGAUCGAGGAUAUAUGCGCCGUCGACGGGUCAGGUGGCACCGAAUUUCGUGAGGCUCUCGAGCGCCGCUACGAGGCUAGCCACGUCUUCAGGGCCAUGUUGAGACGGCUGGGCGAGUUCUGGGCCUUUGGCGCCGAAGGUUGUGCAGUGCUGUGCACCAUCCUCAUUUUCGGGCUGAAUAGUGUAGAUGCUGCCUAUGUCAUUGGGUGGAGUGUCCCCUUUGUAUGGGCUGGAAUAUGGACCCUGUGUACGUUUUGGUAUGUGAACAGGGAGCUGAAGAAAGAGGCAGGGCUAUGGGCCGCUGAGGCAAACAAGGCGAGAGUUUAG